GGUUCUCUUCUGCACAGCCUCUUCACCAUGUGUCCCAGUCGGCCCUUAUACAGGCAAGAACAUUUUGACCUCCUGCGCCUGCCACUGACUCUCUCUCUCUCUCCCCCGAGGAAAUAGGAGGAGGAGACACCAAACUUUGGUAUCAGGACACACAAAGACUCAGUAAAGGACGGGACCUCCUUGGAAGAACCGUCAUUGUCUGAUAAUAUUAAUAUUGACAGUUUUUGAAGAAUAGCCUGUGACCAAGAAUUACAAAUUGUGGUCAGAAUAAUAUGCGAACAGAUCAUGAAGAACUCUGUGGCAGCAGUUACGGAUCAUUCUGUCUGAAUGGUGGAAUUUGUUACACUAUACCUACCAUCUCCAGUCCUUUUUGCAGGUGUAUUGAGAAUUACACAGGCGCUCGUUGUGAGGAAAUUUUGCUCCCCAGCAUCAAGCACCAUUCAAGAAGUGAGCUUUUUGCAGCGGUUCUUGCUUCGGUUGUGGUCCUGAGUGUCCUGGUAGCAGGAGCUUUCUUCUUCCUUUGCAGAAAGGGCCAGAUUCCACGGACCAGUUCAAUAGAGCGUGGCGACAACCUGCUUGACGGAAAUGACAGCAAUAGUUGCAACAAGGUAACUGAAUAAUCAACGCAGGAAGGGAUGGAACACACACUGAAACAGCCAUAAAAAUGCUACGGCAUAUUGGAGAACAGGGUAAGAAGACAACAGAGAAGAUUUCCAAGCCGAAUAGGUCUUAUGCUCAUCAGCAAAUGGGUAUUGAUAGAAUAAAUUAGGGGAAAAAAUCAGUUGCAUUUAAGGGGGUCCUCUCGAUUUCAAAGAAGGAAGAACCAUUGCUUGCAAUUACC